GGGCAUUCAGUAUGCUUGUUCUGUGGUAGUAACUAGUAACUACGAUUUAUUAUUUUUUGGCAAUUUUGAAUUCUGUAUAAUUCCGAAUUCCGAUUAAUCUAAAACUAUAGCAGGUUUUUUCUUAACAAUUAUAUGAGUCCGGUCAAUUGUUAACUUCACACUCGUUAAACAGUGAUUUCAAACUGUUGUUUUUUUGAAUUUUCAAAAAUUGUAUAUUACUUAAAGUUAAGUUUUUAAUUUUUUUUAUUUAAAAUGUCAAGCUCUGACGAUGAAUUAGAUGCAUUACAACUGUCAGCCGAAGCGCAGAGAGCUUUAAAAGAGUUUUAUGAAGAACAAAACGAAAAAUUGUUAUCUCACUGUGAUGAUAAAGAUGCAACAGAUGUAAAAUUUGAUGAAGAUUGGCAAUUAAGCCAAUUUUGGUACGAUGAAAAAACAUGUGAACAAAUCUUUGAAUGUGUUUAUAAAAUGGUUGGAUCAAAUGGUAGUGUAGCGUUGAUAUCAUGCCCUACAUUGUAUAAAACCUUUAAGAAAAAGUCACCCACAAUGUUAAUUAAACUAUUUGAGUUUGACAAAAGGUUUAGUGUUUAUGGUUCAAAUUAUGUUUUCUAUGAUUAUAAUGAACCAAUGAAGUUUGAUGAAGAACUAUUGAACAGUUUUGACUUAGUCGUUGUUGACCCACCAUUUCUUUCUGAAGAAUGUUUGACAAAAUCAUUGCAAACUACAAAAUCUUUAACAAAACAACAUGUUAUAUUGUGUACAGGGGAAAUCAUGGAGGAACUAGCAAAGAAGUUACUUAAUGUCCACAAGUGUUCAUUUGAACCAAAGCAUAAUAAUAAUCUUGCUAACCAAUUUGCUUGUUUUACAAAUUUCUCAUCUGAACUCGAUUAGUAAGUAGUUACUAGUUUCCUCAACUUCCACUAUAAAAUUGAUAAAACUGAUGUAUUUGAGUUAAUUAUAACAAUUAUACACU